CUUCUAGUAAUGCAAACUUUUCUUCGGCUCAGUACCGCGCAGCUCCCAGCUGUAUUGAAACCAAAUGAUGUGGUCACGUUCUUCUGUUCCCGUUGGUAUCAUCAAUCCAUCGUGAAGAACGACAUACUUUAUUUGUAUGGUGGUAUCCAGACCUUCAAUGUACCCAACCUUACAGUAAAGUCGACAAAUAACACACUUGGUUACAAUCCUUUCCUUUUACAACUCAGCUUGAAGGACUCGUGGAACUGGCAAAACAAUAUUUCAUGGCUUUCCUACCCCAUUGAGAACAACCCCAGAACCGGUGCCCAUGUCCGACACGCGAUGACCAACGGAGCCAUGUAUCAUGGUCCGUACAAUUCCUCCAGUAUAUGGACUUAUAGCGGUACCGUGUUUAGAGGCAACACAUCUGUUCUCGAUGCAGAUGGACCCUAUGCCAACCAGUAUCCACUCUGGUCGUUCGAUAAUGAGACGCAGAACUGGGAUCAGUUCGACCUGGGACAACUCAAAACACCGAGCUACGGACUCUCCGCGGAAGCACCAGAUCAAGGCUUGGCCUUCUACCUGAAUGGCCAGACUGACAACGGCACAGACCCUGAUACAUGGGUGGGUGGUGAUACCACAACGCUGCUUAGCGGCAUGAUGGUCAUAGACUUGGUUCACCAGAGGGCCACGAAUAUCUCGACCACGAGUAUGAAAGACCCUCAACCUCGAAUAGGCGGCGCUAUGCAAUAUAUACCUGGUCUAGCCGACAGUGGCGUGAUAGUCGCGUUGGGCGGUAAGGUAUAUGAUGGCAUACAGACUACAACCUCUCAAACUAGAGGUCGCUUAUUGUCCUUCGACAACAUCGACUUGUUUGACAUUGCGUCCUACCUAACGGACUCCCGCAGUAAUGGAACUUGGUAUCAACAGGCCACAUCUGGCGAGGUCCCUCCUCCGCGCAUCGACUCUUGCACUGCCAUGGCAUCGGCUCCAGACAACUCUACUCACAACAUCUACAUGUACGGCGGUUGGGAUCCAACAGGCGAUCAAACGAAGUGGUAUGAUGACGUCUACGUAUUAUCAUUGCCAUCCUUCACUUGGGUGAAGAUGUUUCAAGCUGAUUCACCACGCUAUGGACAUACAUGUCACCUAGUUGGCCGCCAGCUUCUCACAAUAGGCGGACAUAACGUGCGCCGUAACAUUACCAAUAUGUGUGACUGGGAACAACAGUCCAUCGGAGUUUUAGACUUGCCCACCAUGACUUGGGGUAGUAUCUUUGACGCCUCUCAUCAACAAUAUGAAAUGAGCAAAGGAUUGGUGGACAAGAUAGGCGGCACACCCCAAGGUAGCAACGCUAUGGCGAUUCCUAUGAACGGAUGGUCUUCGCCUGCCUUGGAAGCGAUUAUUAGAACAAAUCGGACCUACUCCCAUCUCAACGGCACCAUAGAAGUCAUUCGACCCAACACCGGUACCUCCGUACUAAGCUUGAGCACGCGAACCGCAAUCAUUGCUGGCAUCACCGUCACUGUUGUCACGCUGAUCACCUGCAUCGCUUGGCUUCUUUACAUCCGUCACAAGCGCCGCAACGUGGCCAGGAGGGCUGAAAAUUCUAUGGAAAGAGAUGGGCGUUUCAACAUCUUCGAAGUUGAAGAAAAAGCAAAAUACGAGCUAUCGCCCGAUGAGAAGAAGGUCUACGAGAUGAUCAGUACAGAAUGCAGACAUGAGUCUCCAGAUACGGCUGUGACAGCCGAAGCCGACAGGGCGAAUGCAGUCACUUAUGCGGCAGAGUUGCCGGCGACUAACUUCAGCGAGGGCGGAAGAUGGGGAGUGCCCAUCAUUAAAGUACCAAGCCCAAGUGCUUCGAGGCGAGGGAGUGCUGUGGCUGGU